AUGGCCGCUUUCUCUCAUCUCCCACCUGAGCUCGUCGAGUAUGUCGUGACAUACCUCCAACAAGCAGACAUUUGUGCCUUCGCCCGAACCAGCAAGAGCCUCUAUGCACUCGCCGUUCCAAUCUUGUACCGCCAUGUUGAUUUAUCCGUCCUCUCCGAGGAUAGGCUGCCCCGUAUCGACAGGUUCUGUCUCAACAUCAUUAGCGACACCCGACUCGCAAGUCGGGUAGAAUCACUUCGACUGGGUCAACAGCCAUCCAAAGUAGUACACGAAGGUGCACGCUGGUUAGCGACCGACAAACACUUUGACGAUGACCUGAUGCUCCACAGGGCCAUGCAAUUCCUGCGCAACCAGUUUGUCAUCACUGAAGAAGAACGUAUCGUAGAAGGCAUCUACAAGCGAGAGUACUCCGCGUUUGCAGCUCUAAUCCUUCUGGUCCUUCCGACCCUGCAACAUCUGGAAAUCGCACAUUCCUUCAGCACCAGCGUGUUACUUGUCCAAGUUGCUCUGAGUAACUUGAAUAAUCCUGAUCGCCCCCCCUCCCAAGCUCUGCUCAAUCGACUGUCGUCGAUCAACAAAUUCUCACUCAACGUGAAUCGUCUUAGCGGGUUGGUCUAUCCGAGGACCCUGGUACACUCUAUCUUUGACUCUAUCCUGAACCUACCUGGAAUUACAAAGCUCGAGUUCUCAUUACCCGACGGUCAAGGACAUGGAAUGUUCGGCCUUCCUCUCCAUGAUCCGCAUGCAAGAAGAGGCCCACUAGUCGCUGAGAUCCGACCGACGAUGAUUACCACCCUAGUAAUCAGAAGUACCGGUACUCUUCUACAAAUCCUCCCUUCGCUUCUUAGUUGCACUCCUCAGCUGCAGUCCUUCACCUAUGAUCUAUUCUACAAUUGUAACGGCCUGAGAGUAAACGAUGAUCGCAUCAUCGAUCUGGCAGCUUGGAGUGAUCUGCUGCAGGAAGUCAGGGCAACGCUCCAGAAAUUGGUCUUUAGCGUCGAAUACUGCCAUACUGAUAAGUACCCCUUCCAACAGCCUAGUAUUGGAGACAAGCUAUACGGCUACCUUGACUUGACCAAUUUCCCACAACUGCACACUCUCGAGGCGCCCUUUCCUUUCCUGACAGGCGACGUCGACUUUUCCAUCACUACUGAGAUAUACCCACUACUUCCACCAAAUCUGCGCCAUCUCUCGCUACGUCCGGACUUGUCGCAUGCUCAGGCUCUAUUUCCGUUGGAUACGUCGAUCCUACCAAGUGGGCUCACAUUUCAGGAGUCUGAAAUCGAAGCUCGGCAUUUGAUGAAUGCACGUAUGGAUGUGUCUUACAUGUUCCAUGCAACCCUUGAAUUCCUUAACUGUGCCCCAGGACUGGACACAAUCUCCGUCUGGCAGCCUGCAGAUGCUUCACUCAGCUGGUUCGACGGUCAAGUAUUGGACUUUGCUACCAUCUGCCGAAACAAAUCUGUCAAUGGCAAGAUCAUUCAGCCCAUGCUACUUCGGUGGAUGAAUCCAGAGCAUUGGAAUCUCAUCAAGGAAAUCACCGUCUUCGAUCGGACUGCUCCUGCACGAGGUUUAAUGGAGAAGUUUCAUCGGGAAGAGUGGGCUGGUAUUCCUCUUGGUCUGGCAUCGCAAUACCACCUGUAUGCGCUACAAGCGCAUAAGGUUCGAAGCCGACGUUCUCGUCAACAGUCUCUGGAUAUAGUUUCUCCACGACACUAA